GGAUCUCAGUGACCGGGUAGGAGUGGCGGAAGAGAACAAACAUCGGCGGGCCAAUCGUGAAGAAAGGGUGGUCCGGUGGAUGUUUGUCUUGUUGCUCCUCCGGAGGGAUGCUGGAAUCGCUGUAGAGAUAGGCAACGUGUACACGGUGCGGAGCCAAUCGCGCGCCACCACGGAAACAUCCAAAUGUUGCAGAAGAUUAGAGAGUGAUUUCUUUCAGCCGGCUGGCCACUCAGUCGUCUAUCAACAAUCGCCCUGAGACGCCAGAUAGUUAGCAAUUUAUUCGUUCUUCUCGCUGUUUAUUCGCAUAAUCAAAUUUGUAUCUUCAUCGUUACACGAAAUUAAUAUCUUGUUACCGUUGAGUGAUCAAAAGACUAUGUUGCGUGGAAAGAGUAAAGGUAAAGAGGAGAACGAGGAGGAUGAAGGUGAGCUGAAGCAGAGGAGACCAAAGUGUGCUCGGUGUAGAAACCAUGGCUUGAUUUCUUGGUUGAGGGGACACAAAAGAGAAUGUCGUUACAGAGAGUGUCUUUGUCCAAAGUGUUCUCUGAUUGCUGAGAGGCAAAGAGUAAUGGCUGCUCAGGUCGCCCUUAAGAGGCAACAGGCGGCUGAGGACGCUAUUGCCCUAAAAAUGGCUAAAGUAGCGACUGGACAGAGAUUCAAUCGACUUCCUCCAGGAAAAAUAUUUGGCAUGGCAGUAACCGAACCAAAGUCAGUUGUAGACACUAACAAAGAAGAAGAUCCUCCUCCUAAAGAGGGCUUACACAUUGAAGAUCCGAGGAAAGACGACUCUCUGAACAACCAGUGUCAGGAUUCGUCAACGAUCAACGAGAACCCGCCAAAGUACAAGAGCCUGGUAUUCAACGUGAACAAUUCAGAGGAGACAAAAGAGAGCAGCGUGUCGCAGACUUCGGUGGAAACAUUAGCUCGACUUUUUCCCAAUACGAAGCUCUCGGUACUACAAUUGGUGUUGCAAAGAUGCGGCCAGGACCUUCUGAAAGCCAUCGAGUACUUUGCCAGUGAAAGUUUCGGCAUCAAUUCGACCUCCUACGCAUCGGCGUUUCGACCACCUCAAACUAUCAACGAGACCAGGAGUAACGAACAUAUUGCAGGCACGAUGUUGGCUCCAAUAUACUCCAGUCUAUCCAGGAACUUCUACGGAGAUGGUUACUGCUUGUUGAACAUCGUUCCCGAUCAGUUUCCCAAAAAUAUAGCAGAUACGACGGCUUGCACCACGUUACCCAUAAAAAACAGCGGACAACACGAGCAAGAGGGAGUAGCUCUAAAUGUUCAGUAUAACAAUUACUUCAAUUCUGGCGUACAGCAACAGCUGAGAGAUCACAUGUAUGCUCAGGUUACGGAUCAUCUUUCACCAAGGCCUGGUUUCCUUCAUUUACCACCAGUAUUGCCGGGUAUCCCUUGCGUGCAGCCUAAUUGCACUCAGUGCAGUUACAAAUUUCCCUAAGCAACUGGAGAAUUUAUAUUUGAUUAAGUAGAUUGAUUUCGUUUAUUUUAAUUGAAGAGUUUAAGUACCAUUCGAACGAGGAAACACGAUAAUUCACAUAGUCAAAAUUGUAUUUCAAACGGAUUUAAUGAUUUAUAACUCUGAUCCAGAUUUCUAGAUCUUAGGACAUCGUAUGCUCGCUGUCGAUAAGGCUGAUUAAUUACGGAUUUGAAAAUGUUAUCAGCUUAUCGUGUGUGAAACUGCACGUGAACUUAACGAGCGUUCGCGUAUGGUGUUGCUAUCAGGGUAGGGGAAUUUCCGUGAUCGGCAGACCUUAAUCUUCAAAGUUCAGUGUGAUCAGCCGGAUCAAGCGAAGCGUGUUUCUAGCAUGCAUCGCUUGUCCCAAUGGCAUACUCGUCUCUCUACCGAUUGACCUUUGAUCGUGGAGCGUGAAAUACAAUCUGUUACAGUAGUUCGUGAUGUUUUUUAGAGUUUUUUUUUAAGUGGUCACCUUGGUUUAAUUUGUAUAUACCAAUAGUCUCCAAAUAGUUAAUUUUCUUAAUUAUAGGUUUAACAUGUAUCAUUGACAUGUUGUGAAAAUUUUGAAGUCAUUUUUUAAAAUCGUUAUUUUGUAGUAAAAAAACAUCUGUUCUCUAUUUUCUAUAAUUGCGUUUUGUAAUAAUUUAGUUUAUUAAAAAAUAUUUUAUUUAUUAUUCUUUAAUUGUUGGCUUUUUUAUUAUUUAUUUUGCUACAAAGGUACUUAAAGGUAAACAAGAGUUUAAAGUGCUCUCAAAUUUAUCCUCCAACGUAAAUAGCUCGCCUAUUUAUAUGUUAUUUACAACACGUAGCACCGAGAACAGGAGUCCCUAUAAAGGAGAUAUUUUUUUUAGGUAUUUCUUCGGGAACUGGUUUGAAAGUUUCUUGCGGCGGCUAUCGCGUAACUGCUAACCUAAUAAGACGCCAGUAAUCGAGUUAGGAAGAUUCAAUUGUCUGUAUAAACAGUACGGAUAUCCUAGAGAAACUGUCAAUGGCCAGAAGCGAUUUACUUUGGCCCCGCUUUUUAAGGAGGCGAAACAUUGAGGUUAACCCCGCAGGGAAUUCCCCGAUUCGUCGUGCAGCGAAUUACAAGGAACUUGACGUCGUAUUGAGAACUAAUAAUUCUCUUGGAUUUUUCUUUCAUUUACACUCUGAAACAGUAAG